CGCCCGCGCUUCUCUGCGGUAUCUUCGCGGGGUUGCCGCCCGCCUUUGGCUUCGUGGUCUCCGCCUCCGGGACCCGGAAACUCGGCUGGAGGCGCCGGAGCUCACCUCUGCCCCGACGGGACGGAGCCGAGCGGCCGCAGGUGUCCGAGCGGCGGUGAUAGUGAUGACAAGUGUAAUUGUAAACAUCUGAAGAGGUUUCCCGGAUGUGGAGCAUAGUUUUUUCAAAACCACAUUUGUACAGUGCAGCACUUGUUGAAAAAUGUUUGGAAGAUUGACUCUUCCGCAGCUGCUUUUUGCUAGCAUUCUUGGAAUUGCUGGAGGAAUAUACAUUUAUCAACCAAUAUUUGAACAGUUUUCCAAAGAUCAGAAGGAAUUAAAAGAAAAGUUGAAAUUGGCACAAGAAUCAGAAGAGAAGAAAAGUUAAUACUAUGUAGAGUUGAACUGUAAUUGCUUAAAGUUCCACUGAAAUUGUACACUAACUACAAAUAAUCUAGUAAAAACUUUUCAAAUGUAUUUUAUAUGUAAAUAAAUCAUUUUAAAACUAGCAUGUCAGUUUUAUUGUUUACUGUACUUUUGCCAUUUUAUAUCUUCACUAGGACAGAUUAGUAAUUUCCUUUUUUUUAGCAAAAAAAAUUACAAAGAUUAGUUACUUAGAUUUAGAUUAGUCAUUUCUUAGCAAAGAUGAAUGUCUUAAGGAGUGUUUUGUUUCCUAGUUGCAGUUUAUUUUUCUGGGACUGCAGCAUAUACAGUGUCAUGGAAUGAUAGUCUAGACUGUGUUUAUAAAAUAGCUGGGAAUGGUGUUUACACUAGUUUGCGGAUGAAGUGAACCAAAUUGACCACCUCAGGCAGAAUGCCCCUCAAGUAACCUACAAUUAGCCUAGUUUAAUAUAUGUCACCAGCCCUCCAACCCCACCCCUUUCUCAUCCCAGGCAGAAUGGAGGGGAAAUUGAGAAUUGGGGUGGUUCAGAUCAAAUUGCGGUUUUAGAGAAUUAGAUGGUAUUAUUUAGAGGAGCAAACAAGACACAGAUCUUUGUUUAGCCCACUAAGCAACUUUGCAUUAAUAAUGAUGGUAAGGGAAGAGUGGAUUUAUUAUAAAGCUGUUAUUCAUAUAGUUAAAGGGUUUUUGCAGUUGCUAGGAAUUGAUAAUUAUUUGCUACUCUAAUUGUCUUAAGCUUGUAUUUUCAUUAACUAUAACUAUAAUCACAUACAUGCAAAAUGCUAUAUUUAAAUCAAGUUAUUUUUAUUAUUGAUAUAUUCCUUGAAAAGUAAAUUCAUUAUAACCUAAUCUAUCUAUGUUGAAUGGAGACCAGCAUGGGUAAUUUUUUUUUAAUCAAAAAAUUAGAGAAAUAGUAUAUGUUCAUGAACAAAGUGAAAAGUGAGAAAUUAUAUAUUGCUUUAAUCAUCACCUUCAACAGUUUAGUGUGAACUUUCACACUUGUUUUCUCCUAUGUGCAUAAAUACAUAUAUAAAUAAAUUUUAAUUUAUAUACCAAGA